GCCUUGUAUUCCAGCGUUGGCUGUCGGUGUAUCGGUUAUCGUAAUUUCGGUGUCAUCGGGGCGCAAUUACAGGCGACGCGAAGGGAUGAAAGUGAACGUUGUAGGAAAUUAAAGGGUACGUUUGAGCCCAGACGAGGUGUCGUGCGUCCGUAGGGGUGCUUCAGCUAUUAAUCGCCCUUCUACAAUUACAGGGACGUUAUGAUAGCUGAUAGGCUGAUCGGAAAAAAUGUCACCGCCAGAAAAUCUAUGCAAGUUUCGCAUCAGUUUCAAGCCUUGCUCCUACCAAAGAGUGUCACCACUGAUUUCGAAGGGUUUAGUGAUAGACAGCACUUCUCAGAUGUCAAUGGAAUGAAUUGCAUCUACCGCAACCAAGGAAAUAUUGCAGAUGACUAUCUGACACAGUGCAUCUUGUACAACACAUCACCUGGUAAGAAUUAUAAUUCUGAUUUGAGAAAACGAAGUCUUUAAUGAAAUCUACGAUGAACAUAUUAACUCUAGUAUUCGGGAAAGAAGAUACGGUUACAUGUCAGAAGCUUCCCCUUCAUUCAUAAUCAACCAAUGGGACGAGCAAGCCUCUCAACAAGUGCAUCCUGCAGUAGAAAAGUGGUUCAGAGUCAUGGACACCAAAACUGAAGGCAGGAUCACUUCCAGGGAACUACAACAGGCUUUCGAGACGUUUCAGGGCAAACAUUUUUCGGACAACACUUGCAAAUUCAUCGUGAGACUUUUCGACCUGGAUAAAAAUGGAGGAUUGGAUCUCAAGGAAUUCGAGACGUUGUAUCACUACAUAAAACAAUGGCUACAUGCUUUUAACCUAUACGACAGAGACCAAUCUGGUGUUUUGGAUGAACAUGAGUUGGACUAUGCUCUGAAACAGAUGGAUAUUAACUUUUCUCCUGAGUUUAUUCGAUUCCUAAUAACAAGGGGCAAUCCUAAAGCUAGGAAGAUUUCGUUGGACCAAUAUAUAAUCACUUGCAUCCAAAUCCAGAGAUUCAGUGAUGAGUUUAAAAGAAGAGAUACAAGUUUUAGUGGAAAUAUUACUAUAAAGUAUGAAGAUUUUCUUGAGAUGAUCCUAAGGUGCUUGUAGAAAAAGUAAUAACAAGAAUCAUCGUCAGCAGUCACCAGCACGUUUCUAUCACCACACCAUGUGAUCAUAAUUUGAACUAAUAAAAUAUUGUAACGCAGUAGCUA